UUUAUUUAUUUUAUCAUGCAGCUGAGGAAUCUGUUGUGGGCUACAUCAAAGCACGAUGUGUACCUCAUGCAAAACUACUCGGUAAUGCAUUGGUCAUCACUGCUACGCAAUGGCAAAAAAGUGCUGAAUGUGGCUAAGCCAAUUGUUCCCAACCUGAAACGACAAUCUCAGCAACUCUCUAGGGUGCAGAUUAGCACCAUGGCAGUUAAAGAAAAUUUAAUGGUGGCUGGUGGUUUUCAGGGGGAGCUUAUUUGCAAGUAUAUAAAUCAACCGAGGGUGGCAUUCUCCAUAAAAGUAACCACUGAUGAUAAUGCAAUCACUAAUGCGGUGGAUGUGUAUCUCAAUCCUAGUGGUGCAAUGAGAGUUAUGGCUGCAAAUAACGAUGCUCAAAUCAGAGUUUUUAAUGCCGAAACUUUUUCAACCCUCAACCGGUUCUCUUUCGACUGGUCUGUAAAUGUAAGUGCUAUUAGUCCAGACGGGAAGUUGCUUGCAGUCCUUGGAGACAGUACCGACUGCCUAAUUACCGAUGCUCAGUCUGGCAAAGUCACUGGCACCCUAGAGGGACAUUUGGACUAUUCUUUUGCUUCAGCUUGGCACCCUGAUGGGAACAUUCUUGCUACUGGGAAUCAGGACACAACUUGCAGAUUGUGGGAUGUAAGAAAACCAUCCCAGUCCCUAGCUGUAUUGAAGGGAAGAAUGGGAGCAAUUAGAGCUCUCAAGUUCACAUCAGAUGGUCGAUUUCUUUCCAUGGCUGAGCCAGCUGGCUUCGUUCAUGUCUUCGACACCAAGUCCGAGUAUGUGAAGUGCCAGGAAAUUGACUUUUUUGGUGAGGUUGCUGGAAUAUCCUUUAGCCCAGAUACAAAAUCGCUCUUCGUUGGUGUUGCUGAUCGCACUUAUGGCAGCUUGUUAGAGUUCAACCGCAGGCGACAUAACCAGUAUUUGUAUUCCAUAUUGUAAAACCUAAGGUGAAGCCAAUAUCUAUAGAGACGAAUGAUUGUGAAUAUUUAAGGGAUGGGUUAAAAAUCGCCUGGGAGGAUUGGGU